UACUGGAGACAGAGUUGAGCUUUGAGCAUCAUGAUGGCCUCCAGAAUGUUGCUCUUUCUUAAGCUGCUCCUGCUGACCUCCCUGGUCUCGGCGUCUCAUCACUGGGGAGGAACCAUGAACUUCGCCUACAAAGGAAGGAAUCCUGAUGGAUCAUAUAAGAUGUCCCUCCGAACCAGAGAUACUUAUGAUUCUUGUUCUAACUUCCAUUACUGGUACUGUUAUGGUGGGAACUGUGGCUCAGCCAUCACUCGAACCACAAAUCAAAUUGACACAAGCACCAACACACCAUCCUAUGAAAGCCGAUGGUGCGAAACCGAAACUGUUGAGACAUGGAGACUCCCUACUGACAAACCAGUAAACAUCAGAACAGCCAGCUGCUGUUGGAUCUCAACCCGUAACUCAGUUAGUAACUGGAGGUUUGAUUCUCUUGUGGAUUUGGGAACAAGAUCUGACACGAGAGAACCAAAUAAAUCACCUGAUAUUGCCAUUGUUCCCUUCCUGAGAGUCCCUCAGAACUGCCCCAGAACAUACAAGCUGGCAGCCUUUGACCCUGAUGGUGACAGGGUCCGCUGCAGGUAUGGGAAUUUACACAAUUACGAGUGUGACAAUUGCCAUCUCCCUUCAGGCUUCCAGCUCGAUCAGGAUUCUUGCACAUUACGGUACCAGUACACCUCUUCAGACUCUAGAAUAUUCGGUAUGGAGAUGGUGGUGGAAGAUUUCCCACGUAGGACAGUUGAUUUGUCCUAUUCAGAUGGAUCGCGUGUUCGCAAGCAUCCACUGCCUUCAAGGAGAAAGAGAUCAGCUACAACCACUGCUCCAAUAACCACUCCAUGGUGGUGGUGGACAACAACACCUGCACCCGCUACUCCAAACAUCAACUCAUGGUCGUCUUGGAUAACACCUGCAACCCCUACUACAAUCAUCAGCUCAUGGUGGCCGUGGGGAACACCGGCAGCCACAACUACUACAACAGCACCUACAACUACUGCUGCUCAAACAACCACCCAUCCAUGGUGGUGGUGGACAACAACAACACCAACGACUACAGCUGCUCCAACAACAACCCAUCCAUGGUGGUGGUGGACAACAGCAAUACCCACAACUACAGCUGCUCCAACAACCACCCCGUGGUGGUGGUGGUCAACAACAACUACACCCCGUGCUACAACCAACUGGUGGUGGACAACAACUGCACCUACCACGACACCCCACAUAGCAAGUGUGAGCAGUACCCCCCUUAGCAAGCUGCCUCUACAGUUCUCUUUUCUAGUGGACCCACCUGUUGCUACCUGUCAGGCGGGACUCUACCUGCCUCUACUAGUGGCUCCAACACCUGCAGAUGGACAACGUGUUACGGCAGAGGUCAACAAAGAGAUAGAGAUCAGAGUCAAAGCCCAGGCUGCAUAUUCAAUAGUCCAGAACAUCAUCUUCAGCGGCCCAUCAAAUGUUACCAAGCACAGGGUCGUUAACAAUGAGUUUGUGAUCAGGUGGACACCAGUGGAAGAUGACCUGGGAGAACAUUAUCCAAUCUGCUUUGCCGUAGAAGCAGCAGGCGGGGGCCGAUUUUAUCACUCUGAGAUGCGGUGUGUUCUGGUGGAAAUCCGCAAGCAUCAAAUUGAAGCCACAGUGACCUGCACUGACACCACAAUGAAGGUUGAGGUUGAAAAAGCCUCUUUCUAUGGAUUUCAAGAGGAUCAUCUUCGUCUCAGUGACCCCGGACCCACCAUGUGCAAUCUUAAUAGGUUGUCCAACAGCAGCCACAUAGUCGCCAUCGUUCCUCUCAAUGGCUGCGGUACUCAGAUCGAGGAAGAUGAUGAUUACCUCAUUUUCAAGAAUGAGAUCACAACAGUGGAUGACGCUCCCACUGCAGUGAUCACCAGGAAGCAUCUGUUGGAGGCACGGUUUGAGUGCCAGUACCCCAAACGGGGCAAUGUGACCCUGAGCUUCUCAGCACACAGAGACAGCAUCACAUUGUAUGAGAAAGGUAUGGGCACGUUCACCUACCAGUUUGAGUUCUACCAGAAUGACCAGUUCGGAGCCAUGUUCAGCCCAAAUUCAUACCCGCUGGAGUUUGACGUCGGAGAAAGGAUCUACAUGCAGCUUAAUGCCAGCUCCACUGUCAACAACACUGAGAUGUUUGUAGAAUCCUGCAGAGCUGCACCGUAUGACAACCCCAACUAUCACACAUCAUACUCCAUCAUUGACAACGGGUGCAAUGUUGAUCCGACUGUGCAGACAUACUCCGCACCCGAUGACAAAGUGUUCAGGUUCAGCAUGGAGGCCUUUAAGUUUAUCGGAUUAUACGAUCAGGUGUACAUCAGCUGCACAGUCAUGAUGUGUGAGGCAGGAAACCCCAACACCAGGUGCUCUCAGGGAUGCAUGAACUCCACAGGGUUCAACCAUUUUGGCCGCGCUAAGAGAGAGGCUGCAGUCCAGAGCGGAAAGCACUUAGUUUCUCAGGGUCCUCUGCGUCUGAAGCGUGAAGCAGACCCCAGAGGAGGCUCCGCACUAAAUCUCAACCUGAACCUGGUGUUUGUUGCUGGAUGCCUUCUUGUUGCUGUCGGGAUGGUCUGUGGCGUCCUCAUCUACAAAACCAAAACCUCCAGGGCCAAAUACCAACCUCUGCCCUCAUAUGAAAACUAAACCACAUGCGUCUGCGGGUUAUUUUAAAGUGGGAAGUUUUUUAACUAAUAAAGUCUUUUAACAUCCUUUAAAGAAGCAAACAGCUGCACUCAUUUAACAUCCAGUUGUGUUGAUGCUAAAGAUGAAAAACCAGCUGAAAAUACAACUAGAAGAUCUUAACUUUGCACUGCAGUUGCUGAGUUUAUUGUUCUGCCUUGACGAUUUGUUUUCUCCUGUUUUAUUUUCCUUUUAUCCUAUAAAGAUGGAUAAAAUGCUUGUUUCUAUUGUGUUAUAAUCAACCACUUCUGAACUAAUGUAUCUUAAUCUGUUAUAUAAAUUUUUGAUAUAGGGGCCAAUUUUUGGAAGAAGGUUUAUUUUUCCUUUUUCAAUUUCUUUUUGUGUUUAAAGCUGCACUUAAAUGGUUUAUUAAAA